UCAUUGAACCGGCCAUAAACUCCUCCAAUAGCUUUAAAGCAUUGCCUUUUGCCUUUAGUCGCCCAACUUUCACCAGAUCCCCCCAUUGACUCGUUGCUGUCUCUCUUUCCCUCUCUCUAAUGACGCUUAGCUCUGGAGGAUCGAGUGUCGUGGUGCCUCGGAACUUCCGAUUGCUGGAGGAGCUUGAACGUGGAGAAAAAGGUAUCGGAGAUGGUACUGUCAGCUAUGGAAUGGAUGACGGAGAUGAUAUUUACAUGCGCUCUUGGACCGGCACCAUUAUCGGUCCUCUCAAUACCGUACAUGAAGGUCGAAUCUAUCAGCUGAAGCUGUUCUGUGAUAAAGAUUAUCCGGAGAAGCCACCGAGUGUCCGUUUUCAUUCAAGGAUCAACAUGGCUUGUGUUAACCAUGACACAGGGCUGGUCGAUUCAAAGAAGUUCGGACUUCUUGCAAAUUGGCGAAGGGAGUAUACUAUGGAGGAUAUAUUGACACAGCUCAAGAAGGAGAUGGCUGCCUCACAUAAUCGAAAGCUGGUCCAACCUCCCGAGGGUACCUAUUUCUAGUUCUCGAGCUCGCAUCAAUAUUCUGGAUUUAAUUUCAUUUGUGGUUAUGCAAUAUAUAGUUUGUAAUGCUUGUUAAUCCUUUAUAAGAACAAACUGUGGAAUCGGUGAAAAUGCUUCUCGAUUACUUCUUGGUUUCAUGUUCUUGAACGGAGAUUGUUUCUCUAAUGGAAUUUGAUCCAUGUUUGAAAACAUUUUCUAAA